GUAGGGAGCGGGGCCUAGGGAGGGGUUCUGUCCGCUGCCGGCCUGCGCGUACUGCGCUUGCGCGGGCCGAGGGCGGUGGCUCGGGCUCCUGGUAAGCGCUGUCUGCCCCUCCGCACCGGCGGUGUGGACGCAGAACUCAGCGGAGAAAGGCGGCUGAGAAAUGGAGGGGAAAAUGAAACAUUAAAAGCGGCAGCUAUGCGGCAGAUCCUAAGAGAACCAUGGCAACAUCAGAUGACUGCCCCAGAAGUGAAUUGCAGGAGGGAGAGGGUCUCAUGGAAUGUGGUGGCCAGGAGCAUCUCCAGGAGAGUGCGCACCCGGAAGAGUUUGUGGCCAUUGCAGACUAUUCUGCCACUGACCAGACGCAGCUCAGCUUUUUGAGAGGGGAGAAAAUUCUCGUCCUGAGACAGACAACUGCUGACUGGUGGUGGGGCGAGCGCGCAGGCUGCUGCGGGUACAUACCUGCAAACCACCUUGGGAAGCAUUUGGAGGAGUGUGAUCCUGAAGACACGUGGCAGGAUGAAGAGUACUUCGGCAGCUAUGGAACCCUGAAACUUCACUUGGAAAUGUUGGCAGACCAGCCACGAACAACUAAAUACCACAAUGUUAUCCUGCAGAAUAAAGAAUCCCUGAAAGAUAAAGUGAUUCUGGAUGUCGGCUGUGGGACUGGGAUCAUCAGCCUCUUCUGUGCACAUCAUGCGCAGCCCAAAGCAGUGUAUGCAGUGGAGGCCAGUGAGAUGGCCCAGCACACAGGGCAACUGGUCAUGCAGAAUGGCUUCGCCGACAUCAUCACUGUGUUCCAGCAGAAGGUGGAGGAUGUGGUGUUGCCGGAGAAGGUGGAUGUGCUGGUAUCCGAGUGGAUGGGGACCUGCUUGCUGUUUGAGUUCAUGAUUGAGUCGAUCCUGUACGCCCGGGACGUGUGGCUGAAGGAGGACGGGGUCAUCUGGCCGACCACGGCCGCGCUGCACCUGGUGCCCUGCAGCGCCGACAGAGACUACCGCAGCAAGGUCCUCUUCUGGGACAACGCCUACGAGUUCAACCUCAGUGCUCUCAAAUCUUUAGCAAUUAAGGAGUUUUUUUCGAAGCCCAAGUAUAACCACAUUUUGAAACCAGAAGACUGUCUCUCUGAACCAUGCACAAUAUUACAGUUGGACAUGAGAACUGUGCAGAUUGCGGACCUAGAGACAAUGAAAGGCGAGCUGCACUUUGAGAUCAGGAAAGCUGGCACGCUGCAUGGAUUUACAGCCUGGUUCAGUGUUCGGUUUCAGAGCUUGGAGGAGGACGAGCCACAGCUGGUGCUGAGCACAGGCCCGUUCCACCCCACCACCCACUGGAAGCAGGUGCUGUUUAUGAUGGAUGAGCCCGUUUCUGUCCUCAUGGGAGAUGUGGUCACUGGCUCAGUUGUGUUGCAGAGAAACCCCGUGUGGAGGAGGCACAUGUCCGUGGCGCUGAGCUGGUCCGUCACUUCCACACAGGACCCCACAUCACAGAAAGUUGGAGAAAAAGUCUUUCCCAUCUGGAGAUGACAGUUGAAGUUCUGUGGGAAGCAGCGUGCAGAUAGUGCAGGAAUGAGCCUGAGUGAAUGAAGAUGUCCUUGGAUGUGAGCACAUGUUCUUGCGAAAGCCGUGAGCUCUCUCGGCCUGACAGGGGUACCCCCCGGAGCUGUGGGCUCAGUCUGUCCGUGGGGUCCUUCACAGACGGCUGUGCUUGGGCUCGGCGGGACUCCCUCACCACUGUCACUGCCCGUGUCUGUCCUCUAGAAGUAGGCUGUGUUUCCAGGUGUCCACAGUGCUGGCUUGUGGGUAAGUUGGUGGCACAGUGUCCCUAAGCUAGGUCUAGUUCACAACUCGUAGGACACACACACACAUCAACCUUGUACGCCUGUGAAAGUGUUCACGCAUCAUGUGUUCAUGGUGUCUUUGCUGCCCUGGUUCCUCCCUCACCAUGCGGAAUGUGGGACUGCACAAAGCCGUGCAGGACCUGCCGGUGGCCAUGCAUGUGACGGGACUCUGCAUGGAUAGUACAGUUGUAGAGAUGUCUUCCAAAUAAAUUAUGUGUUGGCACAUAGCACGUGCUCAAUAAAUAUUUUUAAAUAAA